AGAUAUUUUCACAAGAAAAAGAUAAAAUAAAUAAAAAGCUAAGUUCACGAGCUUAACCAUGUCUUCUUCUUCUUUCUCUGCAACUCUCUCUCGUUCCUAAAUUAAAAACCCUAGAAAUUUUAUCGUUGUAAAGAGUUUACCACUUUAAAAUAAGUAAGUAAGGUUUCACGGGAUUGAACUUGUUUGUUAUCAUCAUCUAUCUCACGCACCUAUCAAUUUCUUCAACUAAUUUUACAGGUGUUUUGAAUCCUAUGAUUAAUUUCAAGACACGUCAACUAGUUUGAUCAAAAUUAGGGUUUUUGUAUCUAGUCUAGAAAUGUACGAAUAAGUUCGUGUCUUUUGACAAACAAGGAAGAACGAGGUCUGUGUUUAUUUGAAUUUUGAUGGAUCAUCGAUCUCAGCUCACUAUUGGUCCUGGAAUGGAUUUGCCUAUAAUGCAUGAUAGUGAUCGUUAUGAACUUGUUAAAGAUAUUGGUUCAGGUAAUUUUGGUGUAGCUAGGUUAAUGAGAGAUAAAGUAACUAAAGAACUUGUUGCUGUUAAGUAUAUUGAGAGGGGCGAAAAGAUAGAUGAGAAUGUACAAAGGGAAAUUAUUAAUCACAGGUCUCUGAGGCAUCCCAAUAUCGUUAGGUUCAAAGAGGUUAUCUUAACACCAACUCACCUGGCUAUUGUGAUGGAAUAUGCAUCCGGCGGGGAGUUAUUUGAGCGUAUAUGCAAUGCAGGACGGUUCAGUGAGGAUGAGGCUCGUUUCUUUUUCCAACAACUAAUAUCAGGAGUUAGCUACUGUCACGCAAUGCAAGUAUGUCACCGUGACCUGAAAUUGGAGAAUACACUGUUGGAUGGAAGUGCCGCACCGCGUUUGAAGAUAUGUGAUUUUGGAUAUUCUAAGUCCUCAGUGCUGCAUUCACAACCAAAAUCAACCGUUGGAACCCCUGCGUACAUUGCUCCUGAAGUAUUGCUCAAGAAGGAAUACGAUGGAAAGAUUGCGGAUGUAUGGUCAUGUGGGGUGACCUUAUAUGUCAUGUUGGUUGGUGCAUACCCUUUCGAGGAUCCAGAGGAACCGAAAAACUUCCGCAAGACGAUACAGCGAAUUCUGAGUGUCCAGUAUUCAAUUCCUGAUUAUGUUCACAUUUCUCCUGAGUGCCAACAGCUGAUAUCCAGGAUUUUUGAUGCCAACCCCUCCACAAGGAUAACCAUGCCUGAGAUCCAAAACCAUGAAUGGUUUCUAAAGAACCUCCCAGCAGAUCUUAUGAAUGAGAACACAAUGAACAGCCACUUUGAAGAACCUGAUCAACCAAUGCAGAGCAUUGAUGAAAUCAUGCAGAUCAUUGCCGAAGCCACCAUACCUGCUGCUGGGACCCGGAGUCUUGAUCCUUAUUUUACUGGCAGCCUGGAUAUGGAUGACGACAUGGAGGACCUAGAUACCGACCCGGAGCUCGAUAUUGAUAGUAGUGGGGAGAUCGUGUAUGCAAUGUGAUUAUGUCUAGGAUUACUGUAUGUAAACAAGAAGAAGCAGUAGAAAGAGCUUGUGAUGACAAGUUUUGAUGGUUGAAAGCGUUUGCCGGAAAAAAAAAGAAGGGUAAACUGAUGAUGUUGGUUGGUAUAAAUAUAGAAGAUGGCAGGAAAUGAACGGAAGUAUGGUGGUGGUAACCCCACUUGAUUAACUACUGCAUCUUGUGUCCAGUUACUUGUUGUUAGUGUUUUCACAUGUUUAUAUUACACUUUUUAGCCAUGUAUUUAUGCAUGUAUGUGUCUUUCAUGUAUUUAUUUGCUUUGUACUAGGGGUUGGGCCAUGGUUUGGAUAUUUCACUGGGUUCACUGGGUUCUGUGAAAAUUCAUUUCUCUCCCCCUUUGUUCUUG